CAGUUGGAUACACAGACCGUUUGGGUGGUGUAUUGCGCCAAUUAGCAUAACGGCUGUCAUUUCACAAUUUUCUGCAAAACAUCAAAAUAUAAGAGAAGGACAACAAAAAGAAGCAGGACUGUCCAAUUGGCAAAAACUUUUAAGACGUGUGUAAAUUUAAUUCGAGUCGACUUGUUUCUUUCAUUAAUUUAAAACAAUUAAAUUCGGUAACUUUUAUCAAAAAAUUUCAAGUGUAUUUCAGCAGGCUAUAAUGGAGACGGAUUUAGGUGAUGAAAUGCAAAUGCAUGAGGAGCAAAAAGAAAAUAUAACUGACAAAGAGAAAGCUGAACAUGAAGGCGCAAGCAGCAUCAAAAAAGAGGAUAUUGAAAACAAAAAUAAAUCAUUUUUGGAUAUGGUUCCCUCGCAGGCCAAUCCUUUGGUUUCAACCUUAAAACCGGAAGAUCGCAAUAUAGAAGAACCAUUGGCGGUACCGGAUGGUGUGUCAGAAAAUAUCGAUUUACCUUCUACAAGUGGUUGUGAUUUGGCAAAAAUAAAAAUUCAGGAUUCUGCUGAAAAAUCUGCUGCUCAUAAAAAUUUUACCAAAAAAAUUGCCACGCUUCAAGAAAAAUCAAAAAAUGUACGGGCUAAAUUAGGAUUGCAUCGGCGUGAAUUACAGCAGCAGUGUGCUCUUGUUUCGCAAUCGCCCCAAGUUUGUCACAUCAAUGACAGGUUGGCAGCAAAAGCAAUGACUGCUUUGCGUGCCAACACAUCUCGUGGCACUGAUAAUUCGCAAACACCUAGCACAGCUACGCAGUCUGCAUUUGAAGUUAAUGCAAAUGCAAACAGUUCAACUGUACAACAUCAGCGUCCUUCACGACGAGAUCUGCAGGAACAAUUGGAAGGUUUGCAAGAGCUACUUAAUCAACUGACUCAUAAAAAUCCUCAGCUGAAAGAGUGCGUCCAAGAAUUAGCGCAAGGUAAUCCCAAACUACGCCAACUUGAUCUCUUUGCAGCGGUUGGGCCAGAAAAAGCCAUUAGGGCAUCUGAACCUGUACCAAGCGUUUCCCGAUCUGAGAGUAACGCAAAACAAAGGCGAGAAUCAGAAUUAUCUAAUGCCAGCACGACAACAUCACAAAAGGAUACAGCUACCAAUACAAAUGACAACAGCAAUGGUGCACAGAAAAGCAGUCGAAAACGCGCACGUAACCGUAAAAAUAAGACCAUCAAACCCAGUAAAAGCCAGGCAAGUGAACAGGAAGCAUUGUGUAAAUACAUAAAUAGCAUUGUGAGCCAAUAUUUAGGCGUAGAGAAAAAACAAAAGGCCGAUGAACUGGAAUUUAAAGGCACCUUCGAUGAUUUGGAGGCGCAUGCACAGAAAUUAGUGCAGGAGGGUAUUGGACGCAUUGUGGAAGAAGAAAUAAGAAUUAACCGCAAGAAUAAUAGGCAAUCAUUUAUUGUCAUGUCAGCCGAUCGGGAAGGUGUUGAACGUGAUGGCAUUAUAUUACUGCCUGUGGGAAGGCGUUAUGCUUUUGAGGGUGAUUUAGUGCGUGCUUUUGUAAUGAAUGCUGGCAUGGCAGCGACCUCAACCACAUCACAACAUGCAAAGGAUGCCCAUGAAACAUCAACUAAGGAGGAUAAAAAGGACGAUGUCGGAUCAUCUGCAAUAACGGGUGGCAAAGAGAAUUCAUUUUGCCUAGGUGAUGACGAGGAUCCUUUUGAAGACACCGAAUCGCCGGAUUCCGAUGUCGAUGUUGAUCAGAAUGAUUUAGAUACAUCUGCCGUUGUAGUGCCGGAUAAUUGCCCAAAAUCCUUCGUUAUAUCUAUUGUAAAACAAACGCAGUUGCGAGAAGUUGUGGGCGCUAUAUCCUUCAAGAAUUCCAUGAAGCUAAAUAACGAAACAAACUAUUACAAACUAAAACCGUACGACAUGCGCGUUCCAAUGGUUUACAUUCCAGUAGACGCAUGUGCUUCACACAUCACAUCCGAAAAUAAGGCUGAUAUCUGUGGAUUACUUUAUUUGGUGCGAAUUCUUGAAACCGACAUUAAUGGCCAUUGCAUUGGCGAACUAGUACAGCCGGUGGGAAAAGUGGGUAAUAUGGAGUCAGAACUGAAAGCAAUACUUCUGCAUAAUGGUCUAAAGGAUAUAAAACCUUUUGACCAACGUUUUAAUGAUCUAUAUGCACAACCCGAUCAGCCUAUAAGUGCAUCGGACUUGCGUGGUCGAGAAGAUUGGCGAAGGAAAUGUGUUUUUACUAUUGAUCCGCUGACAGCGCGUGAUCUUGAUGAUGCCGUUUCAAUGGAGCGUUUGGGCGAUGAUUUAUAUGAAAUAGGUGUCCAUAUCUCUGAUGUAGCUCAUUACUUGGAGGAAGAUAGCGAACUGGAUAAUAUCGUUAAGCAACGCGCUACCUCCAUAUACUUAGUAAACGAAGUUAUUCAUAUGCUGCCGCAAACAUUAUGUUUUAAAUGCUCUCUACUGCCGGGCGAGGAUAAAUUUGCUUUCUCCGUUUUCUGGCGCAUGAAUACGCGUGGGGAAAUUUUGGGACAACCACGAUUCACGCGUACAGUCGUUAAUUCGUGCGUACAAUUAGCCUAUGAGCAUGCACAAAAGGUCAUUGAAAAUCCGGAUGAAGAAUUUGGUAUCGAUGAUUUUCCGACUAUUUGCAACGGAUUCAGUGUAGCCGAUAUUUGUGCAAGAAUAAAAAUUUUAAAUACAAUAGCAGAACAUAUGCGCCAGAAGCGCUUCGAUGGUGGUGCACUAUCAAUUAACAAUCCAAAGCUGCGUUUCAAUUUAGACCCAAAAACCGGAGAGCCGCUAAGCUAUGAAGUGGAUAGCCGUUUCGAAGCAAAUUUUUUAAUUGAAGAAUUUAUGUUGCUGGCAAAUCAAUCGGUUGCGCGGUUCAUUUUUGAUCGAUUUCCAAAUUUAUCUAUAUUGCGCAAUCAUGCGCCACCACUUUCGAAAUCUAUGAAAAAUUUGCGCGAGAAAUUGGCCAAUUUGGGCAUGGAAUUGGAUUGCUCUAGUUCCAAAACAGUCUAUGAAAGCAUGCAAAAAUUGUGUCGUCAAGCUAAGGAUCCCCAAGCAAUGGAUGCUUGUUUGAGCACGUUGCUUACAAAGCCAAUGGCACGAGCCAAGUAUUUUUGCAGUGAAGGCAAAUCGGAGGAGGCAGAUUUAUGGCAUUACGCUCUUUCUAUACCGAUAUAUACACACUUUACUAGUCCAAUACGUCGCUACCCUGAUAUUCUUGUGCACAGAGUACUCGCCGCUGCAUUAGACUACUGCCCACCGCCCAAACGCACCACAGACGAACUGCACAUGCUUGCCAAAAUUUGCAAUGACCAAAAAUAUAAUGCUAAAAAUGCUGGAGAUGAAUCAAUUAAUCUCUUCUUUAAACGUUAUAUCAAAGAAAAGCAAUCAAUUACAUUGCGUGCUGUGGUUACCGAAAUCUUUCAGCAUCUAUUGAAUGUGGUCACUAUUGAAACUGGACACUCGAUAAGUAUUAAUUUUAAAAUGCAAAAAGUAUUGGUUGACACAUCAAAUGCACCUGCAUAUGUACUCAUUG